AUGGCGUGCGGCGACACCGUGAACGUUGUGCGUACGGCGAGCGGCGAGGUGUUGUGCAGGUACACGUUGCCCGUAGAGGACGUGAUUCUUCACAUUGACGCCGUUACAGUGCACGAGUCUUCGGGCGACGACAACGAAGACGCCGCUGCCGCAGAGGAUGGAUUCGCGCAGGUGAAGAACAACGCCGGCGCAGCGAACAGGUCGACCACGACAAGUGAGUCGUUCAGGAAGAAGGCGAGGGCUGGGAAGACAGCCAAGCUGGAGGAGGAGGACGCGAGGCAUGUUAUGCAAGCGGAGAAGAGGGGAGCAGUGGCAUCCGCGAGGGCGCCUUCGCGCGGCGCUGCCACCUCUCACGACGAGAGGGAGCUCGCUGCGCCACCUGGCAGCUACGUUGCGGUUGGCACGCGUUCUCUGCAGGUCUACGUACUACGCGUCGACUCUCGAGUUGAGUUGCCCACCUCACCCUCGCUCUCUCUUUCAGCGGAACACGGCGCUGUUGCCGAGGGCGCUUCCGAGGAGGGCAGCGCUGCGGAGGCGGAGGGUGCGAAGGGGGAUGUAGUCCGCGCAGAAACCGCUACGGAGGUCCUCGUGCAGUACUCGAUCAAGUUGGAGCGGAACUGGACGGCAGCGCAGCACGCCAUCUCGGUCGUGCACUUCUCCCAGAGCGGGAUCUACCUUAUCUCAGGUGCCACGGAUGGCACUGUGAAGGUGUGGAACGUCUUUCACCAUCACCUCACCCACAACUUGGUGUGUGCCCACAACUCGCUCGUGCAGAGCGUCUGCCUCGACCCCAGCGAGGCCUACCUCGCUGUCGGCUCCUUCGAGGGGCACGUCACUGUUUUCGACUUUGUCGCGAAGCGGAUGGUAGCGGAAGGGCGGCCCCACGUACAGGCGGUCGAGUCCAUGACCUUCAAUGACGCGCUCACACACGUCUAUUCCAUCGCCAGAGAUCGCCGUCUCGCUCUCAACAAGAUGAUGUGUAGCGAGGGACACAAGUCGACGGAGCUGAAGGAGGUGCGCGCGAUUGUGGUGAAGGAGCACGUGUCGAGCGCCACCUUCGAGAGCGCCGAGAUGCUUCACGUUGGUGCGAUGGACGGCGUGGUCACCACCUACCGCGUUAGUGAGAGCGAGGCCAUACAGGUUGUGCGUCGGCUUCCAAAGGCGCCGGCCGCGGAUGCCGAGGACAGCGCCGAGGAGGCGUUUGUGCGCUCUCUCCUGGUGGCGGGCAAGCCAAAGGGCACGGGCAUGCGCUGGUUACAUGGCUUUGUUGUGCACGACACGCUGCCCGCGUCGGACACCUCCUCGCUGUAUGUUGGUGACGCGGGGUUUAACAUUCAGUUCCUCGCUCCCGCCACAGCGGAGCGCAGUCAGUACGAGGUCAUUCGCACCAUCGUUGGCUUCCUGGAUCAGUUGCUCGACGUGAAGCUGUUCCCCGAGGCCUCACCGCUGCACCGCGCUGUAGUGACCAAUAGCAAGGAUGUGCGCCUGUACGCCUCCGACGGGUGCGUCUCCUCGAAGACGCUGCGCGGCCACAGCGACGUAGUGCUCUGCUGCGCCGUUAGCAGUGACGGGGCGUGGAUCGCCACCGGAGCCAAGGACAAGGAGGUGCGCGUGUGGUCGAGCGAGGGAUGUGAGACCAUUUUGCGCGGCGUUGGCGGGCACGCAGCGGAGGUGACGUCGCUCUCCUUCAAUGGGCGGCAGACGGACACCUACAUGCUGCUCUUCUCGGUCUCCAGCGACGAGAAUCUGCGCAUGUGGGACGUCGGUGUUCCCUUGGCGGACCGUGCGCUGGCAGAGCGGCCACGGUCACGAGUGGUGGAGAUAAAGCACAGGAGUGGCGUGAAUGCGGCCCACACCGGCCCCAUCUACACCGUGGCUGUUGCGCCCAACGACCAGUACGUGGCGACAGGCGGCAAGGAUAAAUCGGUGAAUGUGUGGAACAUAACGGGCAAGAAAAUCUACCGCGAGGCCUCCUUGAAGGGGCACCGGCGCGGCAUCUCGUCCCUCGCCUUCUCGCCGGUCGAUCGCGUUCUGGCAUCGGCCUCGAAUGACGGGUCGGUGCGACUGUGGUCGCUCGUGUCGCUGACCUGCCUGAAGGCAAUGCAGGUAGACCGUACGUCGGUGCUGCAGCUGAGCUUCUUCAACAACGGAACGCAGAUCGUGACGGGCAACGCAGAGGGCGUGCUGCGUGUGUGGGCUAUCGCGUCCUCGGAGUCGGUCUGGUCGGCGGAGGCGCACACGGAGAAGAUAUGGGCAUUGGCAGUCGAGGAGCGCGCCGCAUUGGGCGAGACGAUCUUCUACUCCGGCGCCGCCGACGGCGUUUUGAUUGCGACGGAGGACUACACCGCCGAGGAGGUGACCCGCGUCAAGGAGGACCGGCACAACAUGAUCCAACAGGAGCAGGCGCUUGCCAACGCUCUUCGCAAGGGGGAGUUCUCAGAGGCAUUUAUGCUGGCCCUGCGACUGAGUCACCCGCGUCAUCUCCGCCAGGUGCUGGUGCGUUGGUGUGCCAAGGACGCGCAGCAAUGCGAGAACGCGCUUCGUGGGGAGCUUCUGCCCGCCCUUGACGCGGAGCAGAUGACCCGGCUGCUGCAGUACACGCGAGAAUGGAUCACGAACAGCCGCCACUGCAUGGUCGCUACUCUGGUGCUCUACACACUCAUUUCCUCACGCCACUUUGAGGCCGUCGCGCAGGUGCCGUCGAUGUCGUCGCUGAUCGAGCCGCUGCUCGCCCACACGCGCAAGCACAGCCAACGCCAGCACGACCUGCUUCGACGGACGUACUACAUUGACUAUGUCAUCCGCGGUCUUGUCCCGAACGUGCUGACGUCGCUGCCUCCGUUCGUGCAUCACGAUGACAGCCAAAAGGAGAAGUCGCCACUCGCCAAGCGAGUGCGCGCCGAGUGA